AUGAAUCGUUUGACGAAAUGGUUGCAGAAAGAUCAAGAAGAGGCCGUCACGAGAAGCCGUCGACGAAACUUGAUGAUGUAUGCCGCUGCCUUGCAAAUCCAAACUCUGGAAGAUGAGGAUUCACAAUGGGGUGGUUCUUCAAAAGGUCGUACCUAUAAGGCCAGGGAUCGAGAGCUGAUGGAUCUUCGACUCAAAGCUCAAUACUUCACUGAUCCGUGCAGGUACGAACCAAACGUAUUUCUUAGGCGAUAUAGAAUGCAACCUCACGUCUUUGACAGGAUGAUGCGCGACGUGGCCAACUACGACCCAUAUUUUGUUCAAACAAGAGAUGUUUGUGGGAGACUAAGCUUAUCCACUGAACAAAAACUGACAUGCGCCAUGAGAAUGCUCGCGUAUGGCAUCACAGCUGAUUUCUGCGAUGAUUACCUAGAUAUUGCGAAGACCACUGCCAUUGAGAUUUUUGAGCACUUCACAAAGGCAAUCUGGAAUGUGUACCAUGAGACUUACCUCCGCCGACCAACACCGGCAGAUUUGCGACUGCUGCUUGACAAAGCUGAAGAACGGGGAUUCCCGGGGAUGGUCGGUAGCCUUGAUUGUCCCUUGAAUGAUAUUAACGUCCUUGGAUGUUCACCGUUGUUCAAUGCUCAAUGCGUUAGUGAAACCCCUGAAGUGAGCUACCAGUGGGGGUCAUUUGUACAAGCAAUCCGAAACCCGAGGUCGCCGCAGACACAACAUUUCACAAGGAUGCAGGAAGCAUACAGAAAAGACGUGGAGAGAGCAUUUGGUAUUCUCCAAGCUCGUUGGGCAAUCAUAAGAGGACCAGCUCGUGGGUGGAGUAAGGAGAACCUUCAAUACAUCAUGAUGACGUGCAUUAUCUUGCACAAUAUGAUUGUUGAAGAUGAGCAUGAUGAAGAUGCAGCAGAGCCAUUUGAUCCGGAUGAUAUCCCAACCAGACCAAGGAAAGUAGAGAUAUAUAAGAGGACAUAA